GUGAUUUACACACGCAAGACAGGCUCGGUGUGUUUCUGAGGGACCAUUUACAGGUAUGGAUGUUCCGUUUUUUAGUUCAGUUCAAUUUUUUCGUCCUCUGUCCGCAAAUUGAGGGCAAUGGACAGCAACAAACCGUGGGCUCUGAUUGUUGAGAAGGGCAUCUUGGAGGAGUUCCUGGACAAAUUUAGGCAGCACUUCAGGCUUGUCCUCUACCAGGACUUCCUGAAGGACCCGGGAGCGCAUGGCCCCACAAUCCAGGUUCUGUUUAUAUGGGCAUUCAUCCCACAGGUCACCCCGGUGCUGCUCAGCUCACUCCCGGCGCUCCAGGUGAUCGCUAGCGCAGGGGUGGGAUAUGACCACCUGGACCUACCCUACAUUGCCCGGUUGGGGGUUAAGGUGGCCAACACGCCCGGGGUGGUCAGUGAUUGUACGGCGGAUAUGGCCAUGGCGCUCCUCCUCGCAUCAGCGCGCAAUAUCGUUGAAGGUCACCGAAUUAUGAUGGACCCCAACACCAGUGUCAUGCCGCAAUACCUGGGUAGCAUCAAGGUCUCAGGGUCCACUCUGGGAAUCAUCGGAAUGGGAAAUAUUGGCUGCAGAAUUGCUCAGCGGGCCAAAGGAUUUGAUAUGAAGAUUCUCUAUUGUAACAGAAACAGAAGAAGUGUGGAGGAGGAGCAAGUGCUGGGGGCGAGCUACUGCAAGAACAUGGACAACCUGCUGGGCCGGUCUGAUUUUGUGGUGCUAUCUGUGUGCCUGGUAUCGGAGACCACCGGCCUCAUCGGCAGCAGGGAGCUGGCUCUCAUGAAGCCCACCGCCACACUGGUCAACAUCAGCAGAGGUGCAGUGGUGGACCAGGUCGCGUUGGUUAAGGCGCUGAAAGCCGGGACCAUACGAGCGGCUGCUUUGGAUGUGACUGAUCCUGAACCUCUCCCAAGGGAUCAUCCUCUCCUCAACCUUCCCAACGUGCUGAUCACCCCUCACCUUGGCGUCAGGACCAUCACCACCCUCGGAAAUAUUGUGGAGAAGAUGGUCGACAAUGCCCUGGCUGCCAUUAGAGGAGAACCCAUGCCUGAUGAAUUGAAAUGCUUAUCAUGAGAGUUUCCCAACAAUGUUAAAGAACACUUUUAACAUUAAUAUUGGUUCUGGACAGUUACGUGUAUUUUUCAAUUAAAACCCAACUUUUUAUUAUUAUUAUUA